AUGUCUCCCCAAGCCCCAAAAAAGACCGACACUGGUCAAAAACAUCAUACGCACACCAAAGCACGUCCCGACUGGAAACGGUCCCAUUAUGAGUACAGGUACCAUGCCAAUGCUCUGCUGAAGGAAGUGAACGCCUUAAUGGUCACUGCGGUCCAGAAUCAACCGGAACUGCGUUCUAUAGCUAGACAUGCGCGAAAGCUGCAGUCGAUGGAUACCAGUACCCUGCUGACCUCAUACUGCGACGUUUGUGAGUUGAAGAGACUCACAAGAAGCCAGGGCAAUGGCAAGAAGGACUCUUACACUCAAAGCCGCAUCGACUCGAUAAACAGGCGCAAGGAGCUGAUGGACGUGUAUAACAACAUAGUGGACGAUUUUGAGGGCUUGAGAGCUGCUCUGAUUGAGCGUUAUCCGGAUGUGGAUUGUGAUUCUAGACCUAGGAUUCCGCGGAAGCGGCUGAAGAUGUGUGAGGCUUGUGCGUUGAAGGGCUGGGAUGGAGUUGAUGCUUGA